AUGAAUGAAAAACAUGGAGAAAUGGAUCAAUUAGUUAUUCUAGUAGCGGCAGUUCAUUUAUUAUACUGUCCAUUUACCAAAGUUGAAGAAAGUUUUAAUUUACAAGCUAUCCACGAUAUUCUUUAUCAUGGGCAUAACCUCGACGAGUAUGACCAUCAUGAAUUUCCUGGAGUGGUACCAAGAACCUUUUUUGGAUCCCUGGUGGUAUCUGGACUGUCAUACCCCAUAGUCGCUAUUAUUAAAUACUUUGGGUUGACUAAAUUUUGUGCUCAGUAUGCAGUGAGAGCAAUUUUAGGAUUACUUGUAAUCUAUACGCUGAGAUUGUACAGACAAACAUUGCAGAAAAUAUUUGGGAUUGAGUUGACUAAUUGGUUUGUCGCUAUUAUGGUCACGCAGUAUCAUUUUAUGUAUUACCUCAGCAGACCUUUGCCAAAUAUUAUGGCAAUGCCUUUAGUUUUAUUAGCACUGCGUGGUUGGCUAAAUCAGAACCAUAUUUUAUUUAUAUGGUCAUCAGCUCUGGCAAUAGUUGUAUUCAGAGCAGAGUUAGCACUACUCUUGGGUUUAUUUUUAUUAUACGACAUAGCUUAUAAAAAAUUAACAAUACCAAGAGUACUUAAAAUAGGUAUCCCAGCUGGUGUAUGUACUCUAGCACUAACUGUGGUAAUAGACUCUUUUUUUUGGAAGCGAGUACUCUGGCCAGAAGGUGAAGUACUCUAUUUCAAUACAGUACUGAAUAAAAGUAGCCAGUGGGGUGUAUCCUUUGCAAACAUUCAUAACAUUAAAACGUCUCCAUUCCUGUGGUACUUUUACUCAGCUCUGCCCCGAGGUAUGGGACUGUCAUACGUGCUGGUACCUCUAGGAAUGCUGUGGGAUGCCAGAGUAAGAGCACUCACUGUUCCAGCAAUUACAUUUGUUAUAUUGUACUCCUUUUUGCCUCAUAAAGAAUUAAGGUUCAUCAUUUAUGUUUUUCCGCUACUGAACGUCGCGACUGCUUCCGCGUGCCAAAGGAUUCAUUUUAUAUUUAACGCAGCAUUUACAAUGUUUCUUUUAUGUGUAUCCAGUUCAAAUUAUCCUGGAGGACGAGCUAUUACCAGAUUACACCAAUUAGAAAAAGACAAUCCGUAUGUUUAUGUCCAUAUAGAUACUUUAACCGCGCAAACUGGAGUCUCAAGAUUCUUACAAAUGAAUCCAGACUGGAGGUAUUCCAAGCAAGAAAAUUUGACGUACGAUGAUCCCGAUGUAGGUCAAUUUACGCAUUUAUUUAUAGAAGCUAAAAGUAAAAAUUUAUUUUUGAGCAAACAACCGAAUUAUAAAAUAAUCGACUCGAUUGACGGGUUCUCCCGGAUUACUUUAAAUUAUAAAAUGAUACCGCCCAUACGAAUCGAAAUGAAGCCCAUGAUUUUCAUAAUGAAAAAACCCGGUAUUGAUAACUUGGUCAAACGAUCUUCGAACAAUCAAAAUUUAGAGUCAGGAAUUGAGAACGAAGAUGAUGAGGAAGAAGAAAUUGAUGAUAAAAUAAGUGACAAUUUUAAUACUGUAAAUUUUGAUAUCGAGGCAAGCACUGAGAAAGAUUUUAGUAAUAAUAAUAAUGAUGAUGUCUUGGAAAUUCCUAAAAUAAAUGGAGCAGAAAUUAAUAUAGAUAAAAGUAGCGAAAAAAUAAAAACAUAUCAGUCUGUAAAAGAAGAAAUAAAGCAGAUAGUAGAAAUUAUUCAUGAAAGACGAAAUAAUGUAGAUUUAAUUGUGAAAAAAAAUAAUUUUUAUUCUCAAGUACCUGAAGAAUCAGUAGUAGAAGAUAAUAUUGUUAUUAAUAAUUAUAAUAAUAAUAAUAAUAAUAAUAAUAAUAAUAAUAGUGAUGGAAAAGAUAGAGAAGAAAAAAAGCCAAUAGUGAUAAAUAAAAAAAUGCCAAAAAGAAAUUUUAAAGAUGAAUUGGAGACUGAAGUUAUAAAAAAUGAUAAAAAAAUAGUUAUUAAAAAUAAAUCCAAUGGAAUAAUAACUCCGAAAAAACAAAUCUCGGCUAUAAAAGCUGAAAUGAGUGAACAAGAAAAAAAUAGAGUGAAAAAAAUAGCCGAGCCUAAAGUGGCUAACGUUAAGGAGAGUAUACGUAAUAUUAUCCAACAGUUCAAGGAAUUCGAAAAAGACCUAUCAGCUUCGGCGGCCGGCAAUUUAAAUAAUAAAAUAAAUAAUUGGUCGCGUAAAAAGAAAAUGGGUAAGAUUAAUGAGGAGAAGGUUGAGAAUACUCAGUCAUCCUUAGGAUUGCCGGAUGAGUUUGAGGAGAAUUAUGAUGAGGCAGCAGUCUUAGAUAAUGCCAAAGGAUAUCUUCGAGAUGUUAUUGACCAGUUUUACCAGCUGAAAGAUGAGCUGUCUUUCAAAGAGAAUUAUCAGUUUAAAGAUAUCGCUGAUAAAUUUGACGAACGACCAAUUACUGACACUCUGAUAUUGUUCAGCGAAGCACUGAAAGAUUUAGUCCAGGAGAAGAAGGGUAAUAAACUAAAAGAUAUUACGUCUGAAGAUAACGAUAUGAUCAAUCAAAUUGAUGAUCUACCUAAAAUUGAUUAUAACGUCCCCGAAGUUAUCGAGGAUGAUAAUAAUUCAAAUGAAAAAAAAAGCAAAAAGCCAGACCGCCGGAGUCGUGAAAAAAAAUAA